AUGGCUCCUAAAAGAUUCGGUUCAGAGGUCGUUGACCCUUCUCGCCUCCUCGAACCUCUCGAAUAUGUCUUUGCUGGCCAAAAGGCUCCCAACCGCUUCCUCAAGGCUGCCAUGUCUGAGAAGCUCGCUUCCUGGGACGCCAACGACGUCUCUGCCCGAGGAUAUGUCACACCCGAACUCCUCACCCUAUACAAGAACUGGGGAGCUGGAGGCUGGGGUUCAAUCCUUACCAGCAACGUUAUCAUCGAUGGAAUGAACCUCGAAGCUGCCGGUAACCUCACAAUUCCCGCUGAUGAGCCCUUUGAGGGCCGUCGCUUUGAUGGAUACAAGGAGCUGGCUGCUGUUGCCAAGAAGUCCGGCAACCUCCUGAUCGCCCAGGUCUCACACGCUGGUCGUCAGGUCGAAGAGUGGAUUCAGCCCAACCCUAUCAGUGCUUCCGACGUUCAGCUCGUUAGCAGCAGCCCCGGAAAGACAUAUGGUGUUCCUACACCUGCUACCAAGGAGGAUAUCGCCACUGUCAUCAACGGCUUCGCCCAUGCCGCCGAGUUCCUCGAUAAGGCUGGUUUCGACGGCAUUGAGCUUCACGGCGCUCACGGUUAUCUUCUUGCCCAGUUCCUGUCUCCUCGCACUAACAACCGAACUGAUGAGUACGGUGGUAGCCGCGAGAACCGCAUGCGUCUUGUCCUCGAGGUCAUUGCUGAGAUCAAGCGCCGCGUCAGCCCCAAGUUUAUCGUCGGCAUCAAGGCCAACGCUGUCGAGUACACCCCUGGUGGUGUCGACGUCGAGGAUGCCAAGGCUCUCGCCAUUGAGCUUGAGAAGGCCAAGGUUGACUUCCUCGAGCUAUCUGGUGGAAACUACGAGAAGUUUGCUUUUGCUCAUGUCAAGGAGGAGAACCGCAAGCGAGAGAACUACUUCCUUACUCAAGCUGAGGAGAUUGUCAAGGGUCUGACACGAGACAUGAAGGUUUUCUCCACUGGAGGUUUCAAGUCUGUCAAGGCCAUGGUUGACUCCCUCGACAUCAUCGACGGUGUUGGUCUUGGACGUGCUAGUGCCCAAGAGCCUCGAUUCCCUGAGCUCCUCAAGAAGGUUUCUGUUACAGGAACUAUUGAGCAAUGCUUCGACCACGAUGAUGUUAUCAAGCGAUUUGCUGCUGCCGGUGUGCACAUUACCCAAAUUGCCAAUGAUCAGGAGCCCGUGGAUUUGAGCAGCCAAGAGAACACUGACAGCAUGUGGAAUGACUUGCUACAGCACUUCCAAAAGGUUGCUGUCGAUACAGAGCACAAGACCUUCCAGUGGCCUGUCGUCACCCAGGUUACCCAACCUUAUGGCGUGGAUGUUUAA